UGUGGCUUCAAGUCAUCAGCCACCACUGCGCAGCUCCUCCAGACGGGAUCAGCUGCAGUCACCAACAGGCUCAAAAUGCUCCCGGAUGCUUACGGGUGCACUGUGGCGAACAGGUACGGGGAUCUCCUGGAUGAUGAGGCGGACCCCUUCGACCUGAUCAACAAAGUGCAAAUGGAGAAGGAUAAAAAGAAAAAGAAGCCAGAUGGGGAGAAGAAAGGCAAACAGAAGAAAUCUGGUCAGAAGGAAUCGCAGAAGGAAUCGCAGAAGGAGAGACCCCUUCCUGUUGGGCCGGAACCUCAAGACCCAGCUCCAGUUCGUCAGCAGCAGGUGCUUCCUGGACCAGUGAAAGAGAGGGCCGAUGGGAGAGAGGAGGCCUAUGGGGGCACAAAGAGAGCUGCCUUUGGGGAGCGUUGGGCCAACAAAGAACAGUAUCCACAGGAGUUUUCCAUCUCAAAGCCGUUCUAUAAUGCAGACUUCGACCCCAGGGGCAGAGGGGGGUACAGAGGAGGAGGAAGAGGAGGAGGAAGAGGAGGAGGAAGAGGAGGAGGAGGUGGAGGAGGAGGUGGAAGCGGAAGUGGAAGUGGAGUACGAUACUUUAGGAACUCUGACAACUUCGCCCUCAGGGGCAAGAGAGAAUAUGAUCGACAAAGCGGAACAGGAAUCUCUCCUGAGGAAAAGAGAGGAGGCAGAGGACCUUGGAACUGGAGCAGUGCUGAAGAAACUGCAAGAAAUGAGUCAAUGGAGGUGAUCUCCCACACUGCCGUCAAAUCUGAGGAGGCCCAAAUGCGUGGAGUUGAAGAGAAUCUGAAUCGAGCGAUGGAAGAAGAGCAUGGAGAUGUGCUGGUCCAGGUUGCCAUGGAGAUGACCCUGGACGAGUGGAAGGCCCUGCAGCAGACGAGUCGCCCCAAAGCAGAGUUUAAUAUCCGCAAAUCUGAGAACCAGAUUCCCUCCAAAGCCAAGGUCAUCCACCAGUCAAAGAAGGUGGAGAUGGUGAAGGAGGGGACCAUUGAAGAAGUGGAGGAUGAGGGCAACGUCCUCCGUAGGUCUGUGAAUGACAUCACUUCCCUUCUGGAAAUCAACUUCGGGAGCCUUGGACGUUCCAGUCGUGGGGGUCGGGGAAGGGGAGCAAGAGGUGGCCCUGCUAACCGCCCAGAGAGAGCCAAACCCAUACUGGAGAGGGAAGAUUAUCUGGCUCCAAACCCAGAUGACCCAGAAGACUUCCCAGCACUAUCGUGAAGAUAACUGAAUUAACUUCUGGUUUCCCUCUGGUGGGCUUUACAGGUUGCACUUUACACUUGCUUAAAAAAACCACUUCAUGUUUCUGCGGUUCUUGAGGUUUUGGUUUUAUUGUACUUGACUUGUUGUAUUGCAAAAAGACAGUUCAGCUUGAGUCCUUGAGAAUAAAUGCUUUGGCAAGUUUAUCGUUGUUUUUGUUGUGUGGGACCAAGUUGGCUAUAAGGACCUGUUGUCGUUUGAACAUUUAGGCAUU